AUGGCUACCCCGUUUAACCCAUUCAGUGGCCGAGGCCAAAGAGGAGCGGCCAACCCGACAGCUACGGCAAGCCGGGGACGCGGAACACCAGCUGGCCGUGGGGGACACUUUCCGCCAAGAGGCUCUAGCGCACCUCGGGCAAAGUACAAUAUCAACCGAGGAAGAGGUGUUUCACAGUCGCGCGGCCGUGGUCGGGGUCGUGGCGCUGGCGCUUCAUCCCCAGCCACAUCGCAUUCGGGUUCGGGGACGCAAUCCCCCCAGUUACAGCCGACCAGCUCUCCGUUCAGCCAAAUGGGUCAGCAAAAGCCCGCCUCGAACCCUUUUGGAGCGCCAAAUCCCCAGCAAAAAUCGCCGUUUGCUAGCAUUCAGAAUGCGCCAGCUGCCCAAGUGACUACCCAUGCCCCCCAAUUUGUACAGAAACCGAUUGCAGCAAACCCAACCGGUGGUGGAUUAGGCCAUGUUCCCGUGGAGAAUGCGACAAUUUUGUCACAAUAUCACGAGCGCUAUGACCAGCUCAAAGUCGAUCGCGCAAACCAGAGGCAGAGGGCCAUUAGGGAUGGCCAGAUGGCCGAUCCAAAUCAGCCGACCUCACUAAACAAUGCCAUUACGCCCGUGGGUACUUGUGCUAGCAUGUGUCCUGAAUUCGAACGCGUUGAACGUAUCGUGCAAAAGAUGGUGGACAAAAGUGAAAAGUACCUGCAUUCAUCAACCGGCACUCUUCAAAACAUGGAGACCAAAAUGCUGAAGCGGUUCCGACGAUCAGCUGCUGGAUAUGAUGAGCAGCUCCCUUCUGAUAUUCGAACUCCCAACGCCUUGCUUCAGAGCACCAAUUAUCUGAUCCGCCAUAUUGUUGGUGGCAACGAACCAUUGGGCAUCAUCCACAAGUUUGUUUGGGACCGUACAAGGUCCAUUCGCAAUGACUUUUCUGUCCAACAGGUCACGCAAGAAAAAGACGUGAAGAUCGCCGUGACCUGCCUAGAGAGGAUUGCUCGAUUUCACAUCGUGUCACUGCAUCUCCUUUCCAGCCCGGAAAACGAAGAGCCCUUCGAUCGUCACCAGGAACGUGAGCAGCUCAACAACACGAUGUUAUCUCUCAUGUACUAUUAUGAUGAUCACCGCGGGCGCAUCCAUUUUCCGAAUGAGGAUGAAUUCCGCGCAUACUACAUCAUCUUCUCCAUUCAUGAUCAGCGACCCGAUCUAGAAGCUCGCGUUUCGAAGUGGCCAACGUCUUUAUUGACAUCACCUCGCGUUCAGGUUGCAUUGGAGCUAUAUGCUGCCGCUUGCAAUACCUGGGAGUACCAAGGAACCCUGGAUGCAAGGCGACCUAAUGCCAUUGCACAGGGAUUCUACACCCGCUUUUUCAACAUCAUCAAUUCGCCCUGCGUGUCCUACCUAAUGGCGUGCAUCGCUGAAAUCUACUUCAGCUAUGUUCGGCAGACAGCCAUCCGUGCGAUCUGGAAAGGUUACUGCAAGACGCCCAUGUCCCAGCAACAUAAGAAUCAAGAAUGGACGGUGGAGGAACUGACCAGGGUAUUGCACUUUGACGAUGAUGAAGAGACCAUGAAGUUCCUCGAAGAGCAGGAUUUACAAACGGCAGAGAACGCCAAUGGGGAACUCUACCUCGACUGGGGUAACCGCCCUGUUGAUUCCGUUGGAUUCUCACCAUCAUCUGAGCAUGCUUAUUCGGAAUUCACCGUAGAAUCAAAGCGGGGCGGAAGAAGCCUAGUUGCUGUCAUUCUAGGAAUGAACAUCCGAGAGGCAGCAAAAAUGGGGUUGAUUGAUAAAUCUAAGCUGCACGAACAUGCGAAACCCUCAUCCCCAGGUGACCGUGACGGGAUGAGCAAUUCUCCUCUCUUUGUCAGUGAAGAUGAGAACACCUUCUCUGCCCCACUGGUAGAAUCGAACUUUUCGACAUUGGACAGCGAUCGCUUGACAGAGUCGUCUGCCCCAUGCACGCCCAAUCCCUUUCAAAACUCUUUGCCUGAUACAAAUCAAUCAUCAGGCGCCCAACCUGCUAUACCUCCCCCGCAGCCUUCGAAUCCGUUCAAAGCCUCUCCCCUGAAUCCUUUCGCGUCCCCGUUUCCUAGCAGCACCGCGGCCAAAAAUGCUCCUUCAACACCAUCGCCAGCUUUGAAUCCGUUUGCUGCUGCUUUGAAGCCAACGACAUCGACAUCCGCUGCUCCUGCUCCGUCACUAUCUCCUUUCUCGUUUGGCAAACCAGCCGAGGAAGAGAAGCCUGUGGAGUCAACGCCUGUCCAGGCACCUUCGCCUUUUGCCACUAGUGGUCUUUUCAAGCCCACGUCUGAGCCCUCUACUUCAGCCCCAAACCCAUUUGCUGCCUCUUUGUCGUCGUUUAAAACUUCUCAAACAUCCAACUCAACCCCCGAUGUUGCUUUUACCACCAAGUCAACUCCUCAGCAACCUACGUCGUUGUUCUCUACCGCCAAGCCUUUUUCUCCAUCGAUAGCCCUCAAAGAUACUAGUGCUGCACAAGUCUCUACUUCUAAAGCUGCACCGUUUUUCUCAGCACCAAACCCUUUCUUCCCCUCCGCAGGCACCGGGGGUGCCAGUACUACGGAAACUACCAUCCCCAAGUCAGCUUCGCCAUUCAAUCUCGCAAACAUUACACUAUCCUCGCAAUCGCCUUUUGAACCCCCUUCAUCUGACUCGGAGUUUUCAUCUCAACAAAGUCCAUUGCCGCUGACUCCUGCGAUUGAGUCAGCCGAAAAGCCAAAGAAUCUUUUCAGUGGGACCAAUGGUUCUCAAAAUCCAGGACAAUCUUUCCCCAAGGAACCUUUAUCAGAGCAGCCUUUCUCCACAGAAAAACAGAGUCAAGAGGUUCCUCCUGAGGCGGUCCCCCUUGGUCAGUCUACUGAAAAUCCUCUAUCGGCUUCUAGUGCUUUUGCUCCUGCGCCAACCACUUUAUCGCGACCUUCAAACCCAUUGUUUUCGGCUACGAAGCCGACCGAGUCGGUAGAGCAAAAGCUCAAGGAAACACUGGCAAGUGCAAAGCCUCUUUUCCCGCAGGCGACGGAUUUACAAUCCAUGUCUCCUCCCAAGGCCUCAACCAACAGCACAUUGGUUGGGAAUAUUUCCCAGGCCCAAAAGCCAGUACCUCCCGCAGCGACGACCAAAAACAACACAACAGGGUCUGAUAAAUCUGUCGCCUCGUUAGACUCUUCUCUCUCGUCUCAGGAUUCCCCUAAUCCAUCCAUCAAGCGGAAGUUUGAGGAUGGACCUCCUGUUUAUGCAACGAAGGACGAAGAACAAAAUGCCUGGCACGGCCUUCUUCGGCGACUCUCGGAGAAGCAAGCCCGCAAGAGGGCGCGUAAAUUGGAACUGGAGCAGCAACGGGAAAGAGAACUCGAACAAGAAGAAAAGCGGAAGCAGCAAGAAGAGAAACAGAAGAGGUCAUUAGUGGAAGAAGCUGCGGAUGAAUUGCCGAAUGGACGAGAAUCGAAAGCUCUCAAGGUGUCCGACCUGGUCGACAACCCAGUACCCAGCAAGGAAUACUCUCUCUUCCAAGCAUCGACCCGAAUCCUACCCACUCUGCCCUGCUUGGAGCGUUUCAAGGACUCCACUGAACGCAAGGGACCGACCGAUUCCGAGAUUGAGGCCGCAGGCAGAGCCCGUCGACAACGCGAGAUCGAUCAGGAUGAGCUGCUUCUUUCCGCCGCCCGGAUUGCGGCUGAGCAGUUGAAGAACGGACCCAAGAUUUUUGACUCUUAUCCUACUGAAAAUACCGAGCAUCGCUACUCGUACAACCCUCAAAGGAGCUUUUCGGCGUCUACUCCAUACUCACAGAGUAUGUCACCGCCUGCACCACCUAUGUAUCCGAAUCACGGGUAUGACGUGGCUUACGCUCCUGAUACCCCGCUGGGCUUAGGUCGGACUAUGUCACGCACUGAGCAGAGAAUCCGGCGGACUGGGGCUCACGGUCUAGCCUACCUUCCUCUAGACUUCAGUCGCGUCCACAGUAAAAGCCAAGACGACAAGAACAAGUUCUCAAAAAGCGGUUAA